GAUUCCACCCAAUGUUAUUUGAUGUCAUUUGUUAAUCAAUGUAGAAAUGUUGUAACACUUCCAAUUUGAUCUCUCCUCUCUAUCUAAAUACUGUUUCUUUAUUAUUUCAGAUUCACAGAUGACAUUGGCACAAAACGACUUUUGUACAUUGGAUACAUCUGGAAUAUUUACCAUGUUUUCUUGAAGACGAAAUGAAAACAUUGAAUUACUGUGAAAUAUUUGCCCUGAGCAACAAUUCAUAGCAACAUUUCUCCAUCUCCUUACCUGGUGCUUUUGCAUUCUAAUUAAACUUGAAUAUAUUUACAAAGGAGUUUGCAGCCUCUUUAGAUAUCAAUAAAAGAGCAGUGGAAAUACUUCUAAGAAAUAAACUAUAACAAGAAGAAGAAGAAGGAAAUUACAUGCUGAGGUGAGAGAAGAAAGAUAAGGGGAAAAUUUAAUACUGUGAGAAACUUUAACGGUUGGGUCUAUUUUGUCUCUUGGAGAAAUGUCAAAAGAAUUAGGGAAAUCACGAUAUUCUUGUGAAAUCUGUGGUAAGUCAUUCUCUGUAUGUAGUAAUGUGAUUAAACACAUUCGUGUUCAUACAGGUGAGAAGCCAUUUCACUGUGAUACCUGUGGUAAAUCAUUCUCUCAAAACAAUCACUUAACUAAACAUAAACGUGUUCAUACAGGUGAGAGACCAUUUCACUGUGAAAUCUGCGGUAAAGCAUUCUCUCAGACCAGUGACUUAACGAACCACAAACGUAUUCAUACAGGUGAGAAGCCAUAUCACUGUGUUACCUGUGGGAAAUCAUUCUCUCAAAACAGUGCUUUAACUAAACACAAACGUAUUCAUACGGGAGAGAAGCCCUAUCACUGUGAUGUCUGUGGCAAGGCAUUCUCUGCAAAUAGUAACUUAACCAGUCAUAAGCAUAUUCAUACAGGGGAGAGACCAUAUCAUUGUGACAUCUGUGGUAAAUCCUUUUCUGCAAGUAGUACAUUAAGUACACACAAACGCUUUCAUUCAGGAGAUAGACAAAACUACUGUGAUAUCUGUGGUAAAUCAUUCUUUGGAAUUAGUGACUUGACUAAACACAAACGUACGCAUUCUGGGGAGAAACCAUAUCAUUGUGUUAUCUGUGGUAAAUCAUUCUCUGCAAACAUACCUUAA